CUAUUGCACAACAGUACUCUGUUUCUAAUAAUAGAGCCAACAUAUGCACAGAACGGGAAUCGGCAACCAUAUUGCAAUCAUGGCUGUGGGAGGAAGCACCGAUGCAGGAAAAGAAUAUCUUCAGAAGCUGUUAGAUAAAGCUAAUGAUCACAGCCAGAGUGGCACAUCUGAAGAUGUAUAUUACCUGUACCGGAAUAAACCCAACAGCUACUUUCAGGAUAUCAACAAUAACUACAAUGGCAUCAUGAAAAAGAGACUCAAAGACAGUGGAGGUGAUCCACGCUGUCCAAUCAAUAGCAGACUUGGCGGCCUCUUUUUUGGGGUUACACUACACGGAGGUGUUAUACCAGAUAAAUCGCCAUUUGGAAACACAAGAGUUAAAGUUCCGCUGAGUGAGGUGUUUCAUGGCACAUCAAAUUUGUACUUUGCCGAUUUCUUUUGCAAACCUUCACGCAACCGAAUACAUUAUGUUACCUUGGUUCUGACAAAGGCUGAUUCAGAAGCAGAUAUGUUCUGUAGAGAGAACCUGAUCAAACUCAAUGUCAUGAACAACUUGUACUUGCGAAAGCAAAGCCUGGGGUAUUCAACACUGAAACGAUCCAAAGUGUUUGUUGAUGUGUUCUAUACAGAAGAUAUAGACAUAUCAAACAGGAUCCUCAGUUCUACAGGGAUAUAUGGACGAGGGCAAAGUGUUGGGGGAAUACCAAAAGCUGGUGGGUGUGGGAUUUGCAAUGUCGGAGUCCAACCCAGCAGAAGAUAUGUACAUCACGUGGAAUAUGACGAUCUUUUUGACUAUGACGAUCGUUUUGACGAUGACGUUCGUUUUGACGAUGACGAUCUUUUUGGAUACACAAACAAUCCUUUUGAGGACUAUUAUGAUGAUAUGGGUAUUGGCUAUGAUUUUGAUGAUUACUAUUGAUACCUCGAUUGAUGGGACUAUAUUAAAUAAUCUUGAGCAGAUUCAAUGACAGAUCGCCCGAGUAGGUGCUUGUAUUAGUAUAAUGUGUAUAUACUAUGACAUGUCUUUAGAGUAAUGUGUCACACUGUAUAUAUAUUUUUUUUCGUACUGACAAUAUUAUUUUAUUUCACUAUCAGAUGAGAUACACAUGUAGAGUUGCUUUUUAGCUCAUGGAUUUGAUUAUAAAUGUGUGGCAACAUUAGUCUAAAAAGGUACUGUGUUUAAUGCAUGUUGGUGUGGAUUUCUGAAAUCUGGGAUUGUAAUCAUUUCAAGAUACUGUUUUACCUACAACGAAUGAAACCAGACAAAUUGAUUCAUGUGAAAAAAAUAACGUAGGAACCAUUUUGCAUUUUAUAAUUAAUUAAUCAUGAAACAUCUAUAUAAUCAUCAAGUCACUGUCUUCUUUUUACCAACAAAUAUGAGGCAGAAAAUGACAUCCAAUAUCCACUUUGUCACACAAACCCAUUACAAAUACUAAACUGUGAUAGAAAUAUCUAAAUAGCUAGAAAAUAUGUGUGUGUGUGUGUGUGUGUGUGUGUGUGUGUGUGUGUGUGUGUGUGUGUGUGUGUGUGUGUGUGUGUGUGUAAUGUUUUAUUGACCUCGAUAUUGGGAUUUUACGAGCUGAACGCUCAUGAAGACUCAAGAUGGUGUUUGGGGUGUGCUGGAACAGUUGGCUCAUGAAUUGCAGUGUAAGUGUAAAUGUUGUAUCACUGCAAUGAAUAACAUCUCUCAAUGUUUGAGUGUCUGGUUUUUACCAAUAUUCCAUUCUUGUCUUUUAUUUAGUUUUUGUGUGCCUUAAGUAUUAACCAUGUAAAAUAUUGUUAUUUCCAUAUACAUGUAUACAUAAUUAAUUGUUUGCUUCAAAGUGUACUUCUGACAUUGUCAUUGUUAACCUUAUUAUUCGAUUCUGAUGUUUGAAGCUCACAUUGCACGUUCUCAUUGUUGCGUCUCACCAAAAUAUUGAAUAAAACGAUUUGGUUUGA